AUGACGGAGAUACGUUAUCGAGGUGCCGCGGCCGGGGGGCGGGGGGGGGGGGGCAGGCUGACCCACAUCCCGGGGCUCGCUGUCCCGCCGGGCCCGCGGGACCUGCCGGUGACACGAUCUGAUAAGCGAGCGUUCCUCUAUCAGUGUGUUUGUGCUACAUUAUCCCCCUGCCCCCCCUCCUCCCUCCCCCUCCCGCCGGUCGUCCGUCAGUCCGUAAUCCUCGCGGGUGUCUCCCCGGCCGCAGGUCGUCUUCCUCGUUGCCUCGUGUCGUGUCCGUGUGUGUGUGUAUGUGUCAUGUGGUGGUCGCUCGUGGUGUGGUGGGUGGUGUCCGCGGCGGCCGAGCCGGCGCCCGUCACCGUCCUGCAGAUGCGGUUGACGUACAACGAGGUGCACGUGCUGCAGGUGAACGACACCGUAGAAUACAUCCUGGAGUUGACGCAGCCGGAGGGCGAGGUCCCCAGCACGGUGUGGCUGCAGGUGGACGGCGGGGACUCCUCGCACCCCGUGCUGGUCACCGCCAGGCAACGAACAGGCGAGUGA